CUGGGGUAUAAAGCCUGCCUUCGUCGGGGCCGCGUUUCCUCGUCUACGGAAAUCCCUGAAGUCUGCGGAGGAAGCGCCGAGGCUACGAUGGUGAUGUUCGCGAGCUUGGCUAGGUGCUUCGUUGCAUGUGCGUCUUUGGCGACCGUUGUAGGAGCGCUGUCGUUGCGGCAGAGAGGAGGGACGGCCAACGUGAGUCCUCUGGAAGCUGUCAAGAUAUCGUCUCCAGACGGGUCCGCAUACGCCAAUUUUAUCCCUUACGGCGCGAUCGUGACCAAUUUCUUCGUCAAGGACAAGCAUGGAAAAUUCCGCGACAUUAUCCUUGGCUACGACAACCAUACAAACUAUCUGACGGACGCGUUGGGUCACCCGUACUUUGGGCCUAUCGUCGGAAGAUACGCCAAUAGGAUCAAGAAUGGCACGUUCUCGAUUCCUCCGACUCGCAGCACGCCGUCGUCUGGGCCCGGCGUUUUCCACAUCGUCGAGAACGAGAACGGCGGUAAGGAUACACUACACGGAGGUUCUGACGGGUUCGACCGUCGCGUGUGGACCGUCUCCAAGCAGACGGCGCACUCUGUUACUUUCACGGUGCUCGAUCCGGACGGAAUGCAGGGAUUUCCAGGCACGGUACACGCCACCGUCACGUACACGCUCGAGAACCACGCGACGUGGAACAUCAAGAUCCAUGCGACGGCGGACAAGCUGACGCCUAUCAUGCUCUCGGGGCACCAUUAUUGGAACCUCGAGGCGUUCGAGGAGUCGGCGGACCUGGACGCGCACUUUGCGCAGUUCCCGUCCUCGAGGGUCGUGGGCACCGACGGCAUCCUGAUCCCGACCGGAGAGUUGCUCGAGGUCGAGGGCACCCCGCUCGAUUUCCGCAAGGCGAAGAGCAUCGGGGCGGCGAUCAACCAGACCGCCGGCCUUGACUACUGCGGUACAGGAUGCGUCGGAUUUGAUAAUUGCUGGGUCUAUGACGAGCACGACGAGAAGAAGCCCGUCUUCUCCCUCUGGAGCACCAACUCGGGUAUCCGGUUGGACGUGACCACCAAUCAGCCUGCGCUGCAGGUCUACACCUGUGACGGCAUCUUCAACGCCAGCCUUCCAAUCCCGCGCAAGGCCGACCAAGGCGGCCCGUCCGAGUUCUACACCGACCACUCGUGCCUGGUGGUGGAGCAAGAGUCGUGGAUCGAUGCCAUCAACCAGCCGGAGUGGGGGAUUGACCAGAUAUACGGGCCGAAGCGGGACUAUAACUGGGAAUCUACGUACGCAUUCAGCGUCAUCCACUGAGCGUGGAAAUUGUAACUUAGCAAGAUCAACAAAAUGAUGUAUUACC